AUGUUUGAGGGUAAUAAUCUUACAACAGAACAAGAUAUCCCAUCCAAGACUGGAAGUGUAAAUAAAGAUAAAGAUUCACAAGAAGAAAAACAGCAACAGGAACCUUCUUCUACAGUAAGCAAUAACAAUAAUAAAACUAACGAAUGUGGAAAGGAUUCAACAUCAGAUGAAGAAGAGUCAGAGGAAAAUAAUGAUAUUUUAAAUGAAAAGACACUAUAUGCACAAACAAAAGGUGAUGAAGAUUUUGAUACAUUUAUUCUUAAUAAUUUUAAGCCGUUUGAUGGUAAUCAAAACGUGAUGACAUGGUUGAAUGAGACAGAACAAAAAAUUUAA